GGAGACAUGAGAGCGAUAGUGAAAAUCUUUUUUGUUAUUCUGUUAGUCUUUAUAUUUUGCCAAAAUACAUGAGAUUUUACUCUUUUAUUGUAAAGAAUUGGUUUGGGAAAUACGGGCGACUUGUCAGCUGUCUUUGUUACCUCGAUUUCCUUCUUUAAUUCUUUGUUAAAUUUGAAUUUAUUUUUAUUUGGCAUUCUAUUUUUAUUUUUUUGGCGUUCUGUUUAGUUCUUUAAUUUAAUUCAAAAAUAUUUGGCGUCUAUUUUUUUGUUCUUCCCCUUAUUUUUUGUUUUAAUUUUAUCAAUUUUACCUCAUUUUCAUCAAUUUUUUCCUAUAAUUUUAUAAUUUUCUUUACUUUUUCUAGACAAAUUUGCGAGUUUUCUCAAAAUAAAUUCAAAGAAAUGUCAGCAAGUACAACAAAAACUACUGAAGACAAUUUCCGUUAUGUUCAAAAAGCAGCAAAAUCUAUUGAUGAUAUUGAAAAACGCUUUGUUUUUGUUUACAGACAAAUCUUAACUUUUGAGGAAUGUAUGGAAGAAGGGCCAAAAAAGAACCAAACAGUAAAAAUGCUUGUUACUUGGGCUUUAAAUGAAUUUGGUGGUGGUUACAAAUCUGAUAAAAGAAUGCUUGAUUUGUGGAAAUUGAUGGGCAAAUAUAGCAAUACUAUUGGAAUGGAUGGUGUUCUUGAAAAUGUUCAUCGCCUUGGAUUUUUCAAAAAUGUUCCUGAUUUUUAUAUUAUGUGGGCAGAUCAUUUGGGUGCUAAAGAAAAUAAAGAGCAUUUUGAUAAGAUGAUUCAAAUUUGUGAGGAAAAUUGCAACUUAAGUUCAUGCGAAACUCGGGAGCUUUUCAGCCCACUAAUUAAAAAAUAUUUCCCUGAUGAUUGUUAUGAAGAAGAGAACAAAACUAUCGAUUUUAUUAAAAUGUUGGCGGAUGAUUCAGACAAUGUUCGACCUGAAUUGACACUUUUUCAAAAAUUUGAUUAUGAGAAAUCAGUCUCUUCAUCUUCUUCCUUAUUGCCUCAACAACCUCCUCCAUCACCUGUUGUCGAAACAUCUGCUCCUGCUGUUGCUGUUAAACCUUUGGACGUUUUGAAAGAUAUUACGACGAUUACUAAAGAAGUUUUGCCACCUCCAGUUCAAGUUAAACAGUUGAAGGUUUUGGAUAAUAUUCCAGUUGUAACGAAAGAACUUUUGCCGCCACCAUCUCCUGUUAAACCUUUCAAUUUUUUGGAAGAUAGUCCUGAUGCAACGAAAGAAAUUUUGCAUCCAUCACCACCUCCUACUAUUUCGAAUACACCUGGUCGUAAAUUUUUGGAUAAAAAUAUUGAGAUGAGUUAUCAAGACAAUUUACAGAAGGUUUUAAAAUUUUGA